CGGUUGGGUAACGUGUGAUCGUUUCAAUUGUUAAUCUUCACAAUGAAUAUCCCAAAUGGAACUUUCACCAAUGCUUCAAGUGAUGCUUCCUUCUUCUCCAGCUCUCUGCCUCUUCUCCCACACCAAAACUUCAAUCCUAUCAAGAACCACCACCAUCAUCAUCCUCUUGAUGAGAUUGCUUCCGGGUUAAACCAUGAUCAUGACUCACAUCCACUCGAAAGCAUGCUUCCCCAUGAUGAGGAACAUCUUUUAGCUGGCCUAAUGGAUGAUAUAAACUUAACUUCAUUGCCAGAUGACUUGGAAGAGUAUGAUUUGUUUGGUAGUGGAGGAGGUCUUGAGCUGGAGUCUGACCCACAUGACAGUUUAAACCAGAGCUUCCCAAGAAUGAGUUUUGUUGACUCCAAAACUGAAAAUGGUAUGGGAUCCGUUGCUGGUGAACAUCCUUAUGGUGAACACCCUUCAAGGACUCUGUUUGUUAGGAAUAUUAAUAGCACCGUUGAUGAUUCAGAACUGAGAACUAUCUUUGAGCAAUAUGGAGAUAUUCGAACUCUGUAUACAGCUUGCAAGCAUAGGGGUUUUGUAAUGGUCUCUUACUACGAUAUCCGUGCUUCAAGAGCAGCUAUGCGAGCGUUACAAAGCAAGCUGCUUAGACAUAGGAAACUUGAUAUACAUUUCUCUAUCCCUAAGGAGAAUCCAUCAGAGAAAGAUGUUAAUCAAGGGACUCUUGUGGUUUUCAACUUGGCUCCAUCAGUUUCAAACAAGGACCUUGAAAACAUAUUCGGAGCUUAUGGCGAGAUCAAGGAGAUAAGGGAAACACCAAAUAAGAGGCAUCACAAAUUUGUUGAAUUUUUUGACGUUAGAUCAGCUGAUGCAGCUCUCAGAGCUUUGAACAGAACUGACAUUGCUGGAAAGCGUAUCAAGCUUGAACAUAGCCGUCCUGGUGGUGCUCGUCGAAACAUGAUGUUGCAAAUGAAUCCAGAGUGUGAGCAAGAUGAUACUCGUAGCUAUGUGAAUCUUGCUGAUUCUCCUUUAGCCAGUUCUCCUGCUGGGAACUACUGGGGUAACAGCCCCAUUGAUCAUAGUCCUCUGCAAAGUCUCAGCAGGUCUCCAUUGAGUCCAACACUUUCUUCGUAUUUGCAUUCUCAAAAACCAAACCAAACAAAAGACUCAUGGGUAAGUAAUGAACAAGGAAGAAGAGUUAGCCACUUGGAUCAUCUGUUUCCAACGAGCUACAAAGCUUCUGCUUCUCAGCAAACACAGUCUUAUGGUACUGCUUCCUCGUACGGUUCUCCGAACUCAUUAUCUGGAUCAGAGUUUUUGUGGGGAAGUCCUAGUUCUUCAGUAUGGCCUAUGAAUCAGUUCCCUUCAAACGGAAAACCUCCCAUGUUUUCAUACUCGGCUCAAAAUGGAUACACAAAUGCGCAUCUUCAUGUUGGAUCUGCGCCGUCUGGAUUCUUACCGAGGUCUUCUGAAACUUCAUCGAUAGGUUCAGCAGCUUUCCGAGGAGCAAGUGGUAAUGUAAUUCCAAGAAACAUGCGUGAAGCUGGAUCCCCAAGUUUCAAAACAGUGUCUUCUCCAAGACAUAGUCAACUGUUUAUGGGAAAUGGCUCUUCUUACCCAUGGUCUGUUGCACCAACUGCUUCCAACGACGGUCCAUUGGAGGAUGGAAGGAGUCAACAGUUUGGUAGUAGUAACAUUAUUAACCAAGUGGAUGUCAAGAAACAGUUUCAGCUUGACUUGAGUAAGAUUAUGAGCGGUGAAGAUUUACGGACAACCUUGAUGAUUAAAAACAUUCCUAAUAAGUAUACUCGGAAGAUGCUUUUAGCUGCCAUUGACGAGACAAACAGAGGAACUUAUGAUUUUCUAUAUUUGCCUAUUGAUUUCAAGAAUAAAUGCAAUGUGGGUUAUGCAUUUAUCAACAUGGUGUCUCCUACUUUCAUAAUUGCAUUAUACGAGGCCUUUGAUGGGAAAAAAUGGGAUAAGUUCAACAGCGAGAAAGUUGCUUCCUUAGCUUAUGCUCGGAUCCAAGGCAAAACCGCACUCAUGGCUCACUUCCAGAACUCAAGCUUAAUGAAUGAGGACAGAAGGUGUCACCCUGUGGUCUUUGAUGGACCAGAGUCAAGCUAUCCGUUCAUCUCGGACAUGGAGCAUUCACAGGACCAAAGCCCAUAUCGAAGCUGACAUUCAAAUGAACCCUUUAUUGCCUCUAGUUUCAAAUGUAAAUAUUCAGUUUCUAGGAUGAGAUGAUGAUGAUGAUGAUGAUGUUCAUGAUAAUGAGCAGACAAAAGUACUGUAAAUUGAUGGA